AUGGCAGCCGCUGUCGCUAUGGAGACAGAUGAUGCUGGAAAUCGACUUCGGUUUCAGUUGGAGUUGGAAUUUGUGCAGUGUUUAGCCAACCCAAAUUACCUUAAUUUUCUUGCCCAAAGAGGUUACUUCAAAGACAAAGCUUUUGUUAAUUAUCUUAAGUACUUGCUUUACUGGAAAGAACCAGAAUAUGCCAAGUAUCUAAAGUACCCUCAGUGUUUACACAUGUUAGAACUGCUCCAAUAUGAACACUUCCGUAAGGAGUUGGUGAAUGCUCAGUGUGCGAAAUUUAUUGACGAGCAGCAAAUUCUGCACUGGCAGCACUAUUCUCGGAAGCGGAUGCGCCUUCAGCAAGCCCUGGCGGAGCAGCAACAGCAAAAUAACACAUCAGGAAAAUGA